UCCUCUUUUUUGAACCGAACAAAUGUGCAGAACUAGAUUUCCGCAAAAAAGAAUUAUUGUGCAUUGAUACUAGUGUUGUUUUAUGUAUAAUCAUGUCAAAUAAAAGCAUUAUUUAUACGAGGUUUGAGUUCAUUGACUGUUAGUUGCACUGAGGUGCUGAUGGGAAGAAUGAACAUGAGAACCAUAAUUACCCUCUUGGUAAUCUUGGUCGUUGAAGGCUGUUAUUGGGAAAGAGGGGUUUCAACAACUGUAACUUAUGAUCAUAAGGCAUUGGUUAUUGAUGGAAAGAGGAGGAUUUUGCAGUCAGGCUCCAUACAUUAUCCACGAGCUACACCUGAUAUGUGGCCAGGCAUUAUUAGCAAGGCGAAAGAAGGAGGAUUGGAUGUGAUCGAGAGUUACGUUUUCUGGAAUUAUCAUGAACCUGUUCGAGGGCAGUAUUACUUUGAGGGCAGAUUUGAUCUUGUAAGGUUCGUGAAGACGGUGCACGAAGCUGGCCUUUAUGUCCAUUUGAGAAUUGGCCCCUACGCAUGUGCUGAAUGGAAUUACGGGGGAUUCCCUGUUUGGUUGCAUUUUAUUCCUGGAAUUAAAUUUCGAACUUCGAAUGAACUUUUCAAGAGGGAAAUGAAGCGUUUCCUGAAAAAAGUAGUCAACUUAAUGAAGGAUGAGAAUCUAUUUGCAUCUCAAGGCGGUCCAAUCAUUCUUGCACAGGUAGAGAAUGAAUACGGGAAUGUUGAGGAUGCCUAUGGAGUUGGUGGAAAGUUAUAUGUCAAAUGGGCUGCUGAAACAGCUGUUAGUCUAAAUACUACAGUCCCGUGGGUGAUGUGUGCUCAGAAAGAUGCACCCGAUCCAAUUAUAAACACAUGCAAUGGCUUUUAUUGUGAUGGAUUCACCCCAAAUUCCCCUUCCAAGCCAGCAAUGUGGACAGAAAAUUACCCUGGAUGGUUUCUUGCAUUUGGUUAUCCCAUCCCUUAUCGACCUGUUGAGGACAUUGCUUUUGCAGUAGCACGCUUUUUCGAGAAAGGUGGAACUUUUCAAAACUAUUACAUGUACUUCGGUGGCACCAACUUUGGGCGAACUGCAGGAGGUCCUUUGAUUGCAACAAGCUAUGAUUAUGAUGCUCCACUGGAUGAAUAUGGUUUUAUUAGACAGCCAAAAUGGGGACACCUGCGUGACUUGCACAUUGCAAUUAAGCAUUGUGAAGACUAUUUGGUUGAAGCAGAUCCAUCUAGAGUAUCACUUGGUAUGAACCUUGAGGCACACGUGUACUAUAAAACUUCAAACGAUUGUGCAGCCUUUCUUGCUAACUAUGACAGCAAAGGAGAUGCCAACGUCACAUUCAAGGGGAAUUCAUAUUUCCUUCCUGCUUGGUCUGUGAGCAUUCUUCCAGACUGCAAAAAUGUUGUUUUCAACACAGCAAAGGUUGUGUCCCAAAAGACCCUUGAUGAUGUUUCAUUUGUACGUAAUACGAUUACAAGGAAGUCUUCUUUGGCGUCAUCAGCAUGGGAUUGGUAUAAAGAGAGAGUGGGCAUUUGGGGCAGCAACUCAUUUACAGCAUCAGGUUUACUAGAGCAGAUAAAUACAACAAAAGAUGCGAGUGAUUUUCUAUGGUACACAACAAGUGUAAAUGUGGAUGAGAAAAUUGAACGAGAUCACAAGAAUGUAGUAGUCUUGAGUAUUGCAAGUUUGGGGCAUGCAGCACUCGUUUUCGUGAACAAGAGGCCAGUAGGAUUUGGUUAUGGUAAUCAUGAUGAUGCCAGCUUUGUGCUUAAAAAGAAAAUUAGUCUCAACCCUGGAAACAACACGUUGGAUGUAUUGAGCAUGAUUGUUGGUUUGCAGAACUAUGGACCAUGGUUUGACAUUCAAGGUGCAGGAGUUAAUUCUGUUGUUCUCAGUGGUUUGAAGAAUGCUAAGGAAAAUCUUUCUUCAAAAAGAUGGAACUAUCAGGUGGGACUCGAAGGAGAAUCCCUUGGAUUAUAUAAAGUAAAUCUUCAAAAUAGUUCACUAUGGAAAAAGGGAAAUGCUUUACCGACCAAUCAGAGCCUAAUAUGGUACAAGGCCACCUUUCUUGCUCCUGAUGGAAAAGGUCCAGUAUCCGUUGAUCUCUCCAGCAUGGGGAAGGGUCAAGCAUGGGUAAAUGGUCGGAGUAUAGGGCGAUACUGGCCUGCCUAUCACUCUCCAUCAACUGGCUGCACCGACAAUUGUGACUACAGGGGAAGCUAUAAUGCGUGGAAAUGCUUGAAGAAAUGUGGUCAACCUACUCAAACAUUGUACCAUAUACCACGCCAUUGGUUACAUGCAGGCGAGAAUAUACUCGUUCUCCACGAAGAGAUAGGAGGUGACCCUUCAAAAAUUUCUUUGGUCACACGGACUGGGCAAGAAAUCUGUGCAAGUUUGUCAGAGGCUGACCUUCCACCUUCUGAUACUUGGAACCCAAAAGUAGGAUUUUCGUCUGAAGUCCCUCAAGUUCGGCUGACCUGCGACCAAGGUUGGCACAUAGCUUCAAUUCGCUUUGCCAGCUUUGGAACUCCAGAAGGAGAUUGUGGAGCAUACAUGCAAGGGAGUUGUCAUGCCAAUGUGACUUCCAUCUAUCAACAGGCUUGCGUGGGCAAACAGCAAUGUUCAGUUCCUCUCUUUGCAGCUAACCUCAGAGACCCAUGUCCUGGGGUGCUGAAAAGGGUGGCAGUUCAAGCUCUUUGCAGUGUUUGAGACACAAAUCAAUCCUUCUCAUGAUUACUAGACUCGACUCAGAACGGACGUUUGUCUUACAAGUUACCAUUUCGCUAUUUCUUGAGCUUGUCAAAAGCAAAAACUGUGAGGAAACCAUUCCGGCUCAUGUCCAUAUUACCCUGCCGGAAAAUGGUCCCUGCCAUUUCGGUUAUACAUAAUUGCAUUUGAUCUACUUCAAAUCUUUUUAGAGUCCUGAACUUAGAAUUCGCUCCUAAGCAAGCACUUCAACAACGCGUCUAAAGGGAACACCACCAUAAUUUGAACUUUACUA